GGCUAAAAUAGGUGAGGGGCUAGGUACCUUUAAUCCGAUGCAUUUUUUAUUGGCUGCCAACCCCUGCUGUGACCCGACCGGAGCUCCUCGACAAUUGAAGGGAUAGCCUUCCGUACUUGUCCUCCCGGGCGGAAUAAAUUUCAUUUAUCCAUUCAAUGCUCCCGCUUCGCUCGGAGAUCUUAGUCAACAACGUCUGCUGGUACCAUACUCGGCGAAACCCUGCGCUCUGAGUUUACAUAAUGUGCUCCGGAGCUAAAUCGAAAAGCGGUACGCCAGUCGGGAAAGGCCGAAUAUCGUGCCGCUCGAGGCUUAGCAAGCCCGCCGACAAUUGCGGACAUCCAGUGGAUGUUAGAGAACUACUAGUACAUAAUACGACGAAGCUCCCUUUUCAGCUCCCGUCUCUAACACAAACUGCAUAAAUUGCCCUUCAUCGACCCCCAUACUCUAUCUACAAUGGCUCCUUUGGACAACGUCGUGGUCCCCAAAGGAUCCUUGGUUCUAGUCACCGGAGCAAACGGUUUGUUGGGCUCGCAUAUUGCUAAGCAGUUCCUAGAAUAUGGCUACAAGGUUCGCGGCACUGUCCGGGAUGCCACGAAAUUCAGCUGGCUACUCGAGCUCUUCCGGAAGGACUAUGGGAGGGACAGCUUUGAGCUUGUCCAGGUCGACGAUCUGGCUGCCAAGGGAGCGUUGGACGAAGCAGUCAAAGGUGCUACCGUGGUCGCUCAUACUGCCUCCGUCGUGUCGUUCGAUCCCGAUCCAAACAAGGUCAUUCCCUUCGCCGUGGAUUUUGCUGUCAAUGCCCUGGAGACUGCGUACAAGGAACCGAGCGUGAAGCGGUUCGUCUUCACAUCCUCCUCGGCAGCUGCGGUUAUUUCUUCGCCGGAUAUUCCCCCGGCCAAUAUCACCGAGGACUCCUGGACAGACUUCAUUGUCGAUGCAGCUUGGGCAGACCCUCCUUACACCCCAGAGCGUGGAAUGACGACGUACGCCGCAAGCAAGAACCAGGCCGAGAAGGAAGUCUGGAAGUUCCACAAGGAGAACCGCCAGAAGCGUCCGGAUCUGGUCGUGAACACGGUCCUUCCCAACUUUAACUUCGGCAGAUCCCUUGACCGCGAGAAACAGGGAUAUCCUAGCAGCUCCCUUCUGCCUCUUAGUCUGUUCAAGGGCGAAGUUUCGCCAUUCCACGAAGGCGUCACGCCCCAAUACUUUGUCGAUGUUGAUGACACCGGCAGGCUUCAUGUUGCGGUAGCUGUCCUGCCCAAUCUAGAAGACCAGCGCAUCUUCGCUUUCGCUGGACGAUUCAACUGGGACACUGUUCUGGACAUUUUCCGCAAGCAUGUGCCUGACAGGAAAUUCCCCGACAACUUCAGUGGCGGCGUAGAUGGCAAUGAAAUCCUACCCCGGGGCAAGGCGGAGCAGCUGCUUCGUGAUCUGGGACGUCCGGGCUGGACCAGCUUGGAGGAGUCGAUUUUGGCCAACAUCGAGGGUCUGUACUGAUAUACCGAAUAAUUGAUAGGAGACUACAGUGCCCCGCGAUCUCGCUGCGUGAUCGAAUUUAGGGCGGGGUAGUCGCAGCGAAACAGGAUGUUGGAAUGAGGCAAGGAUCACGAUGAGAGUGAACGACCACAAAUAGCAU